AAAACCGCGGCUUCGACUUGUUGCUCUUCUCAGCUAUUGAGGCAAUGGCUGGCCAGAUGUUUGUGGUCAAACGCGAUGGCCGUUCGCAGGAGGUGAAGUUUGACAACAUCACGAAGCGUAUUCGAACCCUGUGCGAUGGCUUGGAUCCUCGCUUCAUUGACCCCGUGCCCGUGACACAGAAAGUGGUGGAAGGCUUCUACAACGGCAUCAGCACGGCGCAGAUCGAUACCUUGGCGGCCGAGACCUGCGCCUACAUGUCGCAGAAGCACCCGGACUUCUCGACCCUGGCGGCACGCAUUGCGGUGUCCAACCUGCACAAGUGCCUGGGAUGA